UCGGCUCUAUUACUCCCGAUCUUAUUCCGGAGGGAGGAGACCUGGAAUAUAUAUAUUGGUGCUUUGAGGGGCCCUCGAAUCUGUUUAUUCUUAUCCCCCCGGCUGCCCACCAGAUCUCAUCCUCAAUUGACCCGCUUCUCGACGAUCGCAUCGCCAACGCGUCGACAACAAGCACCUAGAAUCAUCUAUCCGAUCGCAGGGAAUGUGGCUUCCUCUCGGUCGAGUCAAUCAUUUCAUUCCGGCUCCCGUUUCAAUGGAGAUACCACUGCGCUGAUUUCGUUUCGUCUCUCGGUAUCAGCCAUCUCAUCAUGGCCUCCGCCGGCAAGCCUCCGCUGGACGAUUCCCGUCGCACGACCGGAUCGCCGAAAAUGAAGACCCGAGGUGUCUUUGGAACAGAGAAUGCGAAAGAUACAUUAUGCCGCAACGUAACUAUAUACGGUCGCUGUCGAUAUGAAGACAAAGGUUGCGCAUUCAAUCACGACCCUCUGAAAGUCAACGCUGCAAAUCAAGCAGAACUCAAUAAGAAACGAUUUAACGUCGACUCGCCGAGCUUUACCCCCUCCCUCUUAUCUGGCAAUGGCACAUCCGCGCCAAAGAAAUCCACCACCAUCUCCCCGAAGGCUGCGAGUGCGGCUCCGUUCCAGCCCAGAGUUGCGGCGUCAUCACGCUCCAACACGAGUACUCCGACGGCACGACAAGAAGUAGGAACUCCUGAUUGGACCGUAGCUGAUGUACAAGAGUUCGUUCCUCAGGGCUUUGAAGGUGCUCACGUGGGCCCGCUUCAAGGCAACGGGAAUGGAAUCACCAGCCCGGGCGCCUUUGACCCGUUCGUCACAGCUUCCACGCCCCUCACCGCCGCAGGAGCCGUUGGCCCGGUCUCGGCCAACCCAUAUGCUCAUGAUCCGACUGCUGCACUUGGAGGAGGAGCAUUCUUCGCGAACCAAGGGGGCUUCCAGCAGCCGGUCCAAUAUCAUCUAUAUGCCCCAAUUGGCCCUCAUAACCAGAACACCCUGGGCUAUCAGCGCAAUGUUCAUGACCUUUUCCUCCCUAAUGAUUUCCGAGAAGAGCUCCAGAAGAAGGCGGCAGCUACCCUUCAAACCCUCCCUAACACAACACUUCCCACCCAGGUUGAUUACUUCCACUCACUAGUCCCGUUGGAUCUCAGCCAUCAGAAGAAUGCCGCAACCUUCGGCUUUCCGAGCUGGGUUUAUAAAGCGCAGUCCAGCAAGGACGGCAAUUUUUACGCCCUGCGAAGACUGGAAGGGUUCCGUUUGACCAAUGAAAAGGCAAUUCGGUCCGUCCAGGCGUGGAAGCGCGUUUGCAACGGGAGCGUUGUUACUGUCCACGAUGCGUUUACCAGCCGCAGUUUCCAAGACAGCUCCCUCAUCUUUGUUACUGACUACCACCCGCUGUCCAAGACUCUCGCCGAACAACAUUUGGGCGCCGGAAAUCGCUUCCAGGGUCGCCAAAACAAUACCCACAUCCCCGAGCAGGUCCUCUGGGGUUACAUGACACAAAUCGCGAAUGCCCUAAAGUCAAUCCACACCAAUGGCCUUGCUGCUCGUGUGCUGGAGGCCAGCAAAGUUCUGUUGACCGGCAAGAAUCGUAUCCGCUUGAAUGCCUGUGCUAUCUUGGAUGUGGUUCAAUUCGACUCGCAGCGGACCGUGGCGGACCUUCAAAAGCAGGAUCUAGUCAAUUUCGGGCAAAUGAUCGUCACUCUAGGUGCCAACUCACCCAAUGUCAUGCAUAACCCGACCAAGGCGAUGGAGCAUUUCACUCGCGCGUACAGCCCUCAAAUGAAGAACUCCGUCUUCUGGCUAUUGAAUGGCUUGCAAAAAGACCAAGAGCGGACCAUUGACCUCUUUAUUACUGGCAUCUCCUCUCAAUUGAUGUCCACCUUUGACUCGGCCCUUCAUCUGGAUGAUCAACUCACGUCAGACCUGAGCCGCGAACUCGAGAAUGGACGUCUGGUGCGCCUGAUGACCAAAUUGAACUUUAUUAACGAGCGCCCCGAAUACGAGCACGACCGACAGUGGGCGGAGAAUGGGGAGCGGUACUUCUUGAAGAUCUUCCGGGACUACGUCUUCCACCAAGUUGAUGCCUCUGGGGAUGCCGUUGUCGACCUCGGACAUGUGCUGACUUGCUUGAACAAGCUCGAUGCCGGGUCUGAUGAGAAGAUUACUCUCGUCAGCCGCGAUGAGCAGAGCUGCUUCAUUGUCAGCUACAAGGAGGUCAAGAAGGCUCUGGAGUCGUCAUUCCAGGCCCUCAUGAAACCAACUAGAAGGAUGCAUUAAGAUCGUCGGAAGAGCAGAAGUCAUCAGCUCAUCCAUCCUUUCUCUCUAAGCGCGAGGUUCACAAUACGUAACUACGAUCAUGGGCUGUUUGGCUGCUCAUUGUUCUCACCCCCGUUCCCCCCAAGUUUGGUCCGAUGGACCAACGAGUUUGAAAAGGAAGAACUCUUCACCUUUUGUCUCACGUCUUGCAAGAGCUCUCUGACACUCUCUUGCAUCAUCUCGUUAUAUUGUGCCUUUCUUUUCUUUCGCCUGGAAGGACCUCGCAGCCGAGUACAGCCAGCACGUCACAUGGAAAUACAGACAGAUAAAAAUCGAAAUCCAAUACUUAUUCCUCAUAAACUUGAUUAAACCUCACAUGAACACUCGGAGGUAUAUGAACAAGCAAC